GUCAUGUGACCGAGACGUAGAAAGGGAAGAAAACAGGAAGCUGUGUAGAGUCUGGCAAAGCAACAGCGUUCUGUAUUUGGAGUCAAAAAGAUAUGGAUUUGUUAACGAAAUGUACAUUUGUGGUAUCAUGCUUAUUUGCAGGAUGGACGAUUACAUUAUUUGCCGUUGCUAACUGUUCGGUUUACCCAUCGGAAACGAGUGUCGAUGGUGUAAUAAAGCUUCCAUCAUCAGUCAUUCCUGUUUCACAGGCAAGCCGUUUGGGAUUCUUCCACUCUCUCAGUCUUUCAUCUACGUUUCCAGAGGACUUGGAAGUGAACGAGUAUUGUAUUGAACUGCUUCGUAUCUACGGUCAACGCUACGUGACUUACGCUAACUGUCUGGUGUUUUACGCACGACCUGUCAAAAUCUGUCAGAACUGUUACACUUACUUCAACAGUCUGGAGAAAAUAUAUACAAAUAUAUCGUCUGACCAACCUGGGCCUGGAAAUGUCAGUUGCCAUGACAGUCUGAUGCGUUCUGAUAGGUUAAUGUUGCUCUAUACCCUCUUCAUCAAAAUAAAUGAGAUCUGGAUAUCAGCAGAAUGCAAGCAAUGUCUGACUGGAGAUCAAGAGGCUCUCUCCAAUGAUACGGUGUACUUCAUGGCCACUUUGAAUCAGUCACUCUCCUGCUUUGAGCAAUAUCAGAGGAACUACUCGGAACUGUGCAAAGACUGCAAAGCCUCAUACAAAAGGUUGAACGAUCUCUAUGGUAGAAUGGAGAAAAACCAAACACUCUGCAUUGAUAUAGAAGACGCAAUGAACAUGACACGGCGGUUGUGGAGUGCAAACUUUAGUUGCUCGGUCCCUCGGGAAGAGACGGUGGCUGUCAUCGCAGUGUCCAGCUUCAUGCUCUUCCUCCCCAUCAUCUUCUAUUUAAGCAGCUUCCUGCACUCGGAACAAAAGAAACGCAAGCUCAUACACCCCAAAAGAGCCAAGUCCAGCAGCAGCCUAAUGAAUAUCCAAGACAAAUUCAGCUGAGUGGAGAUGAGGCAUGGAAGAGAGGGCACACAUCUUUGGUUCACCUCUUCUGAUAAACCAACAGACACUUUUAGCAUGGAUGGACGGGGUUCAUGUCUUCUCCUGGACUCCAUGCGCUUCCUAGAUCAAAGACUAUGAUGUUCUCCAGCUGCUCUGAUCACAUUCUCUUAUUCUAUUUAAGAAGUUUUUUUGUUUUGUUUUGCACUAUUUGUGAUUUGCACUACUAAUUUAAAUAUGGCGCUUUUUUUUUUUUUUUUUCCUGUUAAAAAAGAUAAUUCUAUUGUUUUUCAGAGAGGAUCAGUGAGCAUUUCAAUAAUUACAAAGGAUGUUGGUAUUAAAUUAUUGUAUUUAAGGUAUGAAAGAGAUGUGAUCAUGAGAAGAGGAAGCUUUAUCUUUUACAUGAAACUGAUUAUGCUGCAUUUUUACUGCACUAAGAGAGCAUGUUACAUUUUAUACUCUCUAUUUUCCUAGGUAGUAACGAAUGCCCGCACACACACGCACAUGACACACACGUAUUACAUGGCGACGGUAUCACUUCUAGAAGCACUCCAUGUGCAUUAGAGAAUGGUCUUGUAACAAAUACUUUAUUCAGGGUCAAAGGUGUAUGUAGUGAGUAGAGGAGAAAAGUAAAAGAUGGAAGAGGCAACAUGAAGCCUUUUAGAUGGUCCAUGUGCUUGUUUGAUUUGCUUUUUAUUUUACAAUAGAGUUGCCAUAGUCUUUACCUCAUUGUAUGGUUAGAUACUGUCAUUUAAAUGUUUGAUCAACACAGUAGACUAAUUAAUCCAAAGAGAUAGGCAUGGAAUAAGAAAGUUUAAUUAAUAAUGAUAUUGAUUUAUUUCCUCAGCUCUCAUGUUGCCUGUUGCUGAGAGUGUUAUAUGAUGUAAAGUGAAAGUUAUAAGAAAACCCCUUGCAUACUUUUGUAGUUGUGAAAUAGUUUUCAAUCCACUAGUUUCCUCAUGCCUCUAUUAAAAUAUGUUAAUUGUGCUUAACUCCUAAAGCCUUCCUUGGUGGGAUUGACAGGCUCGUUGUUUUCAUGGUUACGUGGACUUUCCUUGGAUUACAAAGCGCCUGUUUCCCCAGUCAUUAGCAGCUAAUCUAAAUGUAGGAUAAAGUUACUUGGCCGAAUAAUCAUAACAACACAUCCGUUUAAGCUGCAUUGGCUUUUUGGUCUUAUGGAGCCGAGCCAUUGCCUAUCACACUGCCCGUUAAGCGCAUUUUGCUUGAUUUGUCCAAUCAUAUGAUCGUACAGGAAGAUGUGGGGAAAAAUAGCCUUUUCAUACACGCUCAUGAGUGCAAUGUCUAACAAGAAUGACAGCUUUCAUCCCUGCAAUGCCAUUAUCCGUUAAGCAUUGGUGAAAGUCAUUACUCCUGACCUGACUGCCAAAUGUAGCAACCGGCCGAAUUUUAUGGCCACGUGUUCGACGAACUGACGCAAAAGCUGAAAUACCUUUUGAGAUGUGUGACCCUAGAGAGGAUGAGGGAAAACUGGUGGAGAAUAUGAGAUUAUCCCUCAUCACGUUUUGCCCCCAUAAGAAUCAGAGCAGUGACUUUGGACCUUAAGCAAUGAGCCUGUUAAGAAAUAACCCUAAGCCUGAAACUCAGCAGGGGGGUUAAAAUCCAACAAACACUGAAUAUUGCUGCUGCAUUUUGUUUUAAAGUUGCCAUUAGGAUUUUUGAUGACCUGUCAUUAUAAAUGAAAUCAUUCUUGUCUGUUGAUGAUUGCUUUGUUUGUGCUUGUAAGAAGAAUUUGUAUACUAACAAAAUGUCGUAUAUUUUCACCUUUUGUAAAGCUGUAAUUUUAUUUCAAAUAAUAAAAAGACACUUCAUUCUAAA